AUGGCGAUAAAAUAUUCCCCACGGUUUUCAAAGCUCACCUACCGCUGCCUCCACUCACUUUCUUUCACAGCUACUCAAGAUGGCGGCAGCUUCCUCCAUCCAGCCGCCGAGCGUUCACUCUUUAAACCAUGCAAACGCACCUUUCCUGGAUUCUGACAGCCCGGAGACCCGCCAGGAUGAGGACGCAGUUUCCGAGGGGACCAGUCUCCGAGACUUACCCGAUUUGGAACCGGAGGAGAUUGGGAAGAGGCUGGAGAAAACUCGCCACGAGUUGAGCAACAGGAGGAAAAUCCUCAUUAAAAACCUGCCACAAGAUACGACCAACCAGGAGGUCCAUGAGAUUCUGAGAGAGUACGAGCUCAAGUACUGCUUUGUGGACCGCAAUAAAGGGACAGCGUUUGUGACCCUGCUGAACGGUGACCAGGCUCAGGGUGCCAUCCGCUCCCUCCACCAGAGCAACAUGCGUGGCCGAGACAUCACGGUGCAGCUCCAGCCUACCGACUCCCUGCUGUGCCUCACCAACCUGCCCCACACCUUCACCGCCCAGCAGCUGGAGGAGCUGGUCCGUUCCUACGGAAACAUCGAGCGCUGCUUCCUGGUCUACAGCGAGCUCACCGGACACUCCAAGGGCUACGGCUACGUGGAGUACAUGAAGAAGGACUCGGCGUCGCGGGCGCGGUCAGAGCUGCUGGGGCGACCGCAGGGGGACCGCGCGGUCAUGAUCCAGUGGACAGACGUGAACCAGCUGACCGCGGGUCACCACCUCCACUCUAAGUGCCUCUGUGUGGACCGGCUGCCCCAGGAGUACGAGUCAGAGGAGCUGAACCUGCUGUUCUCGGAGCGCUACAAGCCUGUCUUCUGCCAGCUGGCCCAGGAUGAGGGCAGCCCGGUGCGUGGCUUCGGGGUGGUGGAGUAUGAGAGUGCAGAGCAGGCGGAGGCCAUUCUGAUAGAGAUGGACAAAACACUGGUGGGAGGACAGGAGAUCCGUCUGUCUCUCUGCACCCCCGGAACCUCAGGCAGGAGCACAUUGGCUGCGCUCAUAGCUGCUCAGGGCGUGAUGUUGAGUAGUAAGAAGGGCUUACUGCCGGAGCCCAACCUGGCCCAGCUACUGAACAGCAUGACCAACCCAGCAGCCCUACAGGUCCUCAUGAGGCCCUACCACACUGGGAAACGAGGAGGGAAGUACGGGCGGCACCCCAGCCUUUCUCCGUUCCUCAGACCCCCCCUCACAGCAGCCCUGCUACAACUGGGGAAGGUACAGCAGAGUGCCAUGUUGGGGAACGGGCUGGUUCUGCAGAACCUCCUGCACAUGCAGCUGGCCCAGCAGCAGCUCUUACACAUCAAAGACAAGCACAUCAGCAAUGUAUCCAGUCUGCUAGGUGACCCUUCUCGUCUCCUCCUACAGAAAGCCCUGGGUCUCAGACCUCCAGGACACAUGACCUUGGGCAAAGGUCUGCUGGGUGACUCCCCCAUCGAGUUGGGUCAGGAGUCCCUGCCAGCGUCCAGUCAGGCCGCGGUGUCAGCAGGGGGCAUGAUGCCCUACCUGCAGGCGCGGGCACACCUGGGUAUAGCCGGGGGAGGGGAGCUGAACGGGGCCUGCAUCUCCACCGCAGCCUCUGACAGGCAGCCAGCGCCUCCUGGGACCACGAUGCACGUUCAGCACCAGGGACAGAGCUACUCAUUGGGAAUGAGCAGCCCGGGGCUGGGCCCCCCUCCACCCAAAGCCCCAGGGGCCCACCAGCUCGGCCUAUACAGCCACAGUAGCACCGACAGCAGCGCAGCUAGUGGAGCUCCCAGUUGUCAUAUCUCUCUUCUGGGUGAACCUCCUAAAGAGAUGAAGCUGCCCUCCAACCCCUACCUGAAUCUAGCUAGUGUGUUACCUGGCAUGGUAAUGCAAGCCCCGGGGGCCAGUAAAGCGCAGGCAGGACAGCCUCUGGCUGGGAUGUACAGCAGUGCUAUGCCACCUGUCUCCCAACCCUCCACCUCUCACGCCCCAGCGCCCUACAGCACAGAUACCUCUGCAGACUACAGCCAUUACAGCCAGGCAUACUCACAGGAGGCCAUUCAGCAGUGGUACCAGCACUACCAAGCACAAGCCCAGAGCUACAGCACCGCCCCCCAGGAGAGCCAACCUGUGGACUACACCAAGGAGCACACACAGCAGGCGGCGGCACCGUCCUAUGGGGAUUACAGCUCCUACAUGCAGGCUGUCAGUCAGUACUAUUCUCAGCCUCCCGUGACCCAGCCACCUCCCCAGGCUUACCAGAACAGAGAACCCACCAAGGAGGCUGACGUGUGUAAGCCGCUGGGUGUGUCUCUACAUGCGGUCAGUAACAGUGGUGCACAGUCGGUGCUGCCAGCCUACAGCUCCAUCCCUAUGAUGCCAGGCUUCAUGACCGUGCCACCUCCCUCCACACACACACUCCCACCCAGCCCUGUCACACACACUCAGAGUGCCCACGCCCAAGCGGCCAGCGAAUGGAACCAGUAUUACUAUAAUCAGGCUCGGGGGCAGAAGCGGGAGUACCCUCACUUGGCGGUGCAGAAUAUGACAUCAGAGGGCGUGUAUGUGGGGCAGCACUCCCAGGGGCUAGGGGGGCAGUACGCUGACUACUUCAAGAAGAAGAGGAUCUAGAGAUGACCUAUGACUCCCCCCCUCCCUGCACCCUAACUCCUAACCCCUACAGUACAUACACACAGUCUCGGGUUUAGUGUUGUACGACUUUGGUAAACACACACACCGUUAUGUCGCUUUUGUCCUUUUUCAAGCCUUAAUUCUGAACUAUUACUCUCUUCUCAGUUGAUGUGUAAAUGUUUAUUGACUAAUAAUCUGUACAUGGUUUGUAUUGUAUAUAUGAGCUGCUUUUGUAUUUUAUGGCCAAUCAGUCAGUCUGCCUUGUUGAAGGCCAGUCACUGUGUAGUCGGGUUUCUCUCUCUCUCUCUGUUUUUAUCUCUCUGUGUACCCUUUCUUCAAAUGGGGGAAACUGUACAACGUUGCACACAGAGUUGCUUUGAUGCCUUGCUGUAACUGACGUGUUUUUCUCUUCCUCGGUGUCUUUCUCUUUUUCUGACUGCCUCAGUGUCUCUUUUUAUCUCUCUUCGCGGAGACCUUGACUUGGCGCGUGUGUGUGUGUGUGUGUGUGUGCGCGCGCGCGUGUGCGUUUUUUUUGUGCCGUGCUGUAAGCGUAGGAGUGAUCAGCCAUUCCCAGGGUACAAGGCGGCGGGUCUACCCUGGAAACUCAAGAGACACAGGAAGGAGAACAUCCAAUCACUGCUCUUAACCUUUAACAAUGGACACUAACCCUAACGUAGCAGGCCGAUGCUAAUGGACACUUACAAAGGCUGGGCUGGUCUACUAGCAAAUGAAUGGACACCUAAACGUGGUAUCUUAUAGCCAUUAGAAUAGUCACCGAGUGGACACUUCUUUGUGCCCAUAUAGUUAUGUAUUAUAACUUGGUUGUAGAUGGACACUUACUAGGCCUUCAUAUGGUCCUGUGUUUGUGAUAGCUACAAGUUUGAAACCUUCCUGUUGUUUUCUGUAGGGGCCAUGGAACAGUGGCUCAGUCGCUAAACGCAAUAAGGAGGAGGACUCCCAGGUUUUCCCAGGUUCUUCUCUUCUUUACCCACUGUUUUUAUGUUUUAAAUGCGGUGGACUUUUCAGGAACGGGAAGGACUCUGGAGAGACAAAUAAACCAACCGACACUUUAAUACCGCUUAAUAAGCUGCCAUUAGAAAUGAAUUCCCAAAACAGAAAGAUUCAGGAGAGUAGCCAUGUUGAAUUAUCUCAGAGAUGUUGUGGACUCCAGGGUUGGAGUCAAUUCUAUUUUGAGUCGGUCAAUUCAGGAAUUUAAAAGCCAGAAGUAUGUAAUAAUAAAUCAGCAAUUUUCAUCAAGCAAUGAAUCUAAUUUCAAUUCAUCCCCUUAAGACUCAUGUGGUACAGUGCAAGUGAAAAGGCCCUGAACCCAACCCUGGUGAUCUGACAGAGGGGGUGCAAGGGGUAUGAAGGCCCCAGGAAAGGGCAUGGAUGAGGGCUAAGUGUUGGCACAGGUAUUCAGCCUGAGACCCAGGCAAUAACGACAACUACUGCACCAACAAAUAUCACAAUGCCAACACGAAGGCGUUACCUCUCUGCUAUAAUAAAUCAAAUCUGCCCGUCUCUUGAUUUAUCUCUUUUCACCUUUCUUCCUGUCCUUUUCUCUCGUUAUAUGCUACCUACUCUCUAAUCUUGUCUGUUUUCAUCCUCCACUCUUGACUUGAUGAGGCUGCGUUCUCCUGUGUCACGUGACUUGAUGUGUUUUAGUACUGUCAUAUAUCAUCAUGCUCUCAACGGGCGAACCAUCUCAAAAUUAUAUUAGUGUGUGACUGUACAUUAUUUCAACCCUUUCAAUGCUGUUACACUGGCUUAAAGCCACACUUUUAUUUUCACUGUGUGUGCACGUGCGUGUCUGUGUGAACUGCCCAGUAGGACUGGGUUUUUCCAGCCAGCUGAUUCCUCUCUCCCACCAAGCAAUGCUUAGAAGUGUGUGUGUGUGUAGCUUCUUUGUGUGUGUAUGUGUGUGUGUGAGAGAGAGAGAGACCAUAGGAGUCUGUCUCUCUGUCAGUGGCUGUAAAAGGCAGACCCAGGCAGUAAAUCAUGUCUGUCUGCCACGUAUUCAGGCACUUUAGGCCAGUCUGUUGUCUUAAUAGUGUUUUGGUGAUUGUAUUAGCUUUUCUCGGCAGUCUCUCCCACUCUGCAAUUACCGCGUGUGCCACAGUGCUAUGCAGAGCUCUGUGUGUGAUAUGUGUGAGAGUGAUUUUGACCUGCACAUUUCCCCCUUUGCCUAUAGCAGGUCCAUAGGUUUUAUAGUUAUUCAGUCUAGUCUAUGCUUUUUUGUGUGUGUGUGUGUGUGUGUGUGUGUGUGUGUGUUAAUAACCUUCUUUUGGCAGGUAUGAGGGGAACAGACAACAGCGAGGGAGAGAAAGAGAGGGACAGAGACUGGAAAAACAGCUCCUGCUGCGAGCACAGCCAGCGUUUAUUGGCACUGUCGUUCCAUUUGAAUUCCUCUCUUUCUCUCUGGUCGGUCUCUGGCUGAUGGGUGUUGGCUGUGUGUGUGUGUGUGUGUCCAGAAUUGAGCUGAGGGCUCCUACGGUAGGCUUCAGGGCAGGCCUGUUACCAUUUUUAAUAAUAGGGCUGAUAAUCACAGCACAGUUACCUCUGCAGGACAUGUCUGUCUCCUUUAGGAAGUAUUCCCUAUAGUCUUUCAUAUACACUGUAUGAUGUGCCAGUUGAAAAGAGGGGGGAAAUUAAUCAUCAGCAGUGUAACUGGCCUCAAGGGCCAGAACUGAGCAUCUCUCGUCUUGAGUGCGUUUAGCUUUGCUAGAACUAGAGACCUGACCAGGGGUUGCAGUUAUGGAGUCUCCCAUAUAUAUAUAUAUAUCUGUUGUGCCUAUCUCUGCAUGUUGCCAACCAGGCGUAUCGUUAUAUUGAUUGUAAACAAGAUUCUUUACCCCUGAACUACUCAGUCAGUGUUGUAGGAGAAACAGUUUAGUUGACCUGUCUGUAGGCACGGUGCAUAGCGGUGACGCAAGUGUUGGUACUACACUGGGUGAGCCUGCACCUAGGGUACUGAACCAUAUGAACUGUGUGUGUGACCACAAAGCUUUGCAAUACUGAAG